AUGGAGAGAUCAACUGACAGGCUAAACAAUGAAAAUGAAUCAACAACUCCUGGAGUACCGCAGCUUGAAACGGGUGGUCCUGAGCCCACUGCAGAAUGUACUUCAGGAACGAGCACAGUAGGAUCUCUAAUAGAAAACACGGAUGUGAAGAGACUGGGAUUCACUGAAGAGCAUGCCAAAGAAACAGAGAGACUACCACGCACAGAGUUAGACAGUCCUUACGGCUUUAAACCAGCAGCUUCAGAAAGAGACUGUCCGUAUUCAAAGCCUCCAACUCCGGUAACAAACUUUUCAAUCUCUCCUGAAGUAUUUGGUUCUAAAAUGCAUUCACCCAAAACAUUUGUUGCAGACAUGGACUGUCUAGUCUGCUUCAACAGGUACAACAUUUACAGAGUACCAAAGCUCCUGGACUGCCAACAUGCCUUCUGCGCUGUCUGCCUCAAGCUUAUUCUUAGGAAAGACGACAAGACCUGGAUAAUCACCUGCCCUCUGUGCAGAAAAGAGACUGUUGUGUUAGGAGGACUCAUUCGCACACUUCAUGAUAAAGACGACAUCAUGAACCACUUGGAAAACCCUGAUUUAACUCCUGAGAUACAUAUCUCCCCCACUGGGCUGGACAGCAAGAGCUGGACUCAAACCAGCCGAGACAUUUCACACAGAGAACAAAACAUUCCAGCAGACAACAGACUGGCUAUCCAGAGACUUGUGCUGCUCUUGCUGCUUGUUGUGAUUCUUACUAUCCUAAUCCUCCCAUUUCUGUACUCCGGGCUGAUAAAAUGGGUAAUUUGUCUUAUGCUUACACUGGGGGUGAUUAUGUCUUUGGUGCUUUGCUGCAAUCCUAAAUUCUACUGUAGCUGUAAUGGAAACUCACUCACCUCCUGCCACAAGGACACCAACAUCACUGCUAUUGCUUGA